AUGCAGCCUCUUGAAUUGACCUUGGUCGUGGCCGCGACGCGCAGCAUGUGUAUCGGUGCCGGCGGCACCAUGCCGUGGAAGGGCCUGCGCAACGAGAUGAAGUAUUUUGCGCGAGUCACCACGCAAGUUCCAUCUCACUGCCCCCCUGGCGCCGUCAACGCCGUCAUCAUGGGCCGCAAAACCUGGGACUCGAUCCCGCCCAAGUUCCGGCCGCUCAAGGACCGUCUCAACAUCGUCAUCAGCCGCUCCGCCACCUCGCCGCCGCCGCCGCCGUCGCCAUCGCCGCCCAGCCUUGAAGAGCCCGUGCGCGUGUCGUCGGUUGAAGGCGCACUGGAAUACGCGCGCGCGCACGGCGGCGGCGGGCGCGUCUUCGUCAUUGGCGGCGGCCAAAUCUACGCGGCGGUGCUGCGGCGGCCCGAGGCGCGUCGCGUGCUGCUCACCAGCAUCGACGCCGAGUACGACUGUGAUACCUUCUUCCCAAUCAAGCUGGGGACCGACGAAGGCACCGAGCCAGGAUGGACGAGGAGGUCGGACGAGGAGUGGAAGGCCUGGACAGGCGAGGAGACGGAGAAUGGGCGCAGAGAAGAGGCGGGCAUCAAGUACGAGUUUCAAAUGUGGGAGAGAGAAUAA